AUGGAUGCGUCCCCUCCGGUCACCCUCCCCGCUCUCGUGCCAAUCGCCGCUCCAACCAUCCACGACCUGUCGGAGCUCACCAUUCCCUUCCCCAGAUUCGGGUACCCCUUCACCCUCUCCACCGCCUCCUUGAUAACCACAUCCGCCACUCCUCCUUCCUUCGCCAAUACUAAGAAAUCCCACUCUCACUCCCUACCUUGA